AUGAACGAACAUGGCGCCUCCAUCUGCGGUCUCGCCUAUGGGGAGGAGAAAUCGACCCUCCUCAAUGACAAACCCCUACUCGACAUCGAAGACGAUGCCAGAUACGCAGACCUGACCUCCCGCUUUUCAGCCACCACCUACCACCCCCGACAAUGGACGACGACAACACUCCCCUCUCGCGCCGCCCACCGGGCAGUAACCCACCUACCCGGCCUCCUCCGCCGCACUCUCUUUUUCCUCCUCCCCAGCUUUAUCCAACCACUCCUCUCCCACCGUCACCACCACCACCACAACCCGCCUCUCCCCCCUCGCCCGGCCCCGAAACAACCCAGCCCAACAGCCUACCUCGACGGCAUGCGCGGCCUCGCCGCCCUGAUAGUCUUCUUCUGCCACCUCCUCUACACUAGCUUCGCCAUCGCCCCCGGCUACGGCGCCACCCCUAUUAACAACCCCAACCCCAACUCCCCCGCCGAAAACCAAGCCCAAAACCACCACCACAACCACAUCCCCCUCCUCCCCUUCCUCCGCCUGCUCUUCUCCGGCCCCCCCAUGGUCUGCACCUUCUUCGUCAUCUCGGGCUACGCACUCAGCCUGCGGCCCCUCACGCGCGCGGGUGCCCACGACCCAUCCGCCGCCACCGCCGUCGUGUCCUCCCUCGUCUUCCGCCGCGCCGUGCGCCUGUUCGCGCCGGCCGCCGCGUCGACGGGGCUAGUGGUGGUGUUGGUGGCGACCGGGGUGUAUGAUGCGACGAGGGGGGUGGCGGGGGAUGCGGGGCUGUUGAGGAAUUUGAGGGAGCCGCAUUUUGGGUGGGAGGGGGGGAGCUUGGGGGGGUUGGUGGCCGAGUGGGGGAGGCACAUGUUUCGGUUUGUGCACGUGUGGGAUUGGACGCUGUUUGGGGGGAGUACGGGGUUGGAUGUGCAUCUGUGGACGAUCCCGGUCGAGUUUCGGUGCUCGAUGGUGUUGUUUCUGACGUUGGUUGGGACGGUGAGGCUGAAGAGGGGGUGGCGGCUGGGUGUGGUUGGGGGGUUGGUCGUGUUUGUGUACUUGAGUAAGAGGUGGGAGAUGGUGUUGUUCUAUGCGGGGAUGGUGCUGGCCGACUUGGAUGUUGCUCGGGGAGCGCAUGGGAGCGCGGGGCCGGCCCUGCCUGCGCCGGGACUGAUGUCGGGCUCGAGCAGCCGGGCUAGCUCGCCGUCGCCGUCGUCGCCGAAACGGCGGACGGCUAGGCGUGCGAUAUGGACGGCUCUCAGCGUUGUCGGGCUGUUCCUUAUGUCUCAGCCCGAUGAGCGUGGAGCUGACACCCCCGGCUGGGUGUUUCUCACGAGCUUGAUACCCAAGUGGUGGACGGACGAGCACCGGUACUGGCAGAGCGCUGGCGCUAUCUUGUUUGUGCUCGCGGUGGGGAGGUUAAAGGGGUGGCAGCGUUUCUUCAACCUGCCUGUGGUGCAGUACUUUGGCAAGAUUAGCUAUGCCAUCUACUUGAUGCAUGGCCCGGUGAUACACACGGCGGGGUACGCCAUCGAAGCAUGGGCGUGGGGGCUGACGGGGACUGAAGGAAGGCAGUAUGAAGCUGGCUUUGCGCUGGCGUCGCUAUUCGUGGUGCCGCUGGUCAUCUGGGUGUCGGAUGUGUUUUGGCGGGCUGUCGAUGCCCCUAUUGUGAAGUUCGCGAAGUGGUUGGAAGCAACGUGCUCGAUAUCUGAUUAG